CCUUUUCUUCUCUCUUCUGUCAUUUUGCCUCGCCCUCUCUCUCUCUCCGUGCAAACCGCCGACGCCGCCGUCUCUUUCCGUGAAGUAAUGUCGUCGAGAGGAGUAAUCAGCGACAAGUGGUCGCUGAGGAUUCUCUGGGGUUGUGCAAUUGGAACUGCAAUCAGUUUGUACAUGGUUGCUGUAGAAAGGCAAACGCAGAACAGAAAUCGUGCUUUGGCUGAGAGUUUGGAAGCUGCUGAAGCACAGGGUGACAAUGGCAGUGUCUGAAUAUGGAAGGGCUUUGGUCUCAUAUCAGUUGAGUUUUCUUGUAAUACCAUCUGUUGCAAGAUUGCGUUGAAUCUCUUGUCAUGUGAUAUCCAUGAACCCUAUUUCCAUGCGCAUUUUCCGCAAGACGAUCUGCAUUUUAGGAUUUCCGUGUGGCGACUCUCUUAGAUCAGAUAUGUACCCAAUAAAACUUGCCAGUGAUCUUUCACUCGAAAUGUACUAGCAUUAUCAA